AUGGCACACACUACAGAUGCUCUGGUGGUGUUCUCUGUUGGCACAGACGCGAAAUUGACUCGGGUAGUUCUCAGCCCCAUCCAACCGACCGAGGUUUUGGUUGAAAUGCAUGCUACCGGCAUUUGCAACACAGACCUUGCGUGCAUGGCCGGUAAAUUGCCAGCUGAAUUCCCCAACGUUCUAGGCCAUGAAGGUGCUGGCGUGGUCCGCCAAAUUGGGGACAGAGUAAACCAUGUUCAGGUGGGCAACAAGGUACUACUGAGCUAUAACUUCUGCCGAGAGUGUGGCGCAUGCAGGUCCAAUACUCCUGCGUACUGUGACAAAAUGUUCCAGCUCAACUUUGGCGGUCGAAGGCUUGAUGGCAGCCGUACCUUGUUCCUUGAAGACGGCACCGAUAUCUUUUCCAACUUCUUUGGUCAAAGUUCAUUCUGCCACCUUGCCGUCGUGAGCCAGUCAUCCUUGGUCAUUGUGCCCCAGGACACUCCCCUGGAACUAUUUGCACCGCUUGGUUGUGGUUUCCAGACUGGCGCCGGGUCUAUCAUCAAUGUUCUCAAUGUCCAACCAGGCAGCUCCGUUGCUAUUUCAGGUGUGGGGUCAGUUGGGUUGAGUGCCAUCAUGGCUGCCAAGUUCCGGCAAGCAGCCAUCAUUAUCGCCAUCGACAUUAACACCCAACGUCUGGAGUUGGCCAAGGCAUUAGGAGCUACUCAUACCAUACUCGGAUCUGAUCAACAUCUUGCUGAGCGUGUGCGGGAUAUUUGUCAGCCAUCUAAUGGGGUCCAAUCUGCCCUGGAUUGCUCAGGGGCAAUUACGGUCGUGGGCAAGUUGGUCGACUCGCUCGCAACACGGGGCAGAGCCGUGAGCGUUGGCGCGCCAGCACCAGGAACACGAGUUGGUGUGGAUGUGUUCUCUCACUUAAACUACGGUCGGGAGUAUAGAGGCUCCCAUCAAGGCGACAGCGUUGCAAAAGAAAUGGUUCCUUUCCUGAUCCAACAACAUCGCAAGGGCCUUUAUCCUUUGGAGAAGAUAGUUACUUCCUACCAUGUUGACGACUACACCCAGGCAUUUCAAGAUAUGAAGGAUGGAAAGACUAUCAAAGCUGUACUGAAGUGGGUUUGA